AUGAUAUUUGACGGCCUGCUUUAGCUAUAAGAUGAGCUGAUCUACUUUCUCUAGAAAAAGGAUAAGCAAUAAUUAACACGAAGCAGGUUUGAGAUACUAGGGAACUGGCAUAUAUAUCAGGCUUCGGCUCGAAAGUGGAUGCGAAGGAGUGUAUUGUAAACGCUGGCAAUUACUCUCGAGACUCGAGUGCAGCAAUUGGAGGAGCACUUGGAGCAGUAUCUUGGAACUUGAUAAAUCAUGGUCUGUGGCAUAAAUUGUUAGCGCUCGUUUCGUACCAGGCGCGUUUCACUGUUGGGAGGAAGAAAGGUAAGAACAAGAGGCGUUCAUCGACUAUUUGGGAUGCGUGUGAAUACACAGCCCUUUUUGGCUUCGGACCGCGAGCCGGAGCGCGUCUAUGGCGUGGGAACUAAAAUUCUUUCGCCGUCAAACAUGUUUCGAGCCAGCCUUGCCCUUCGCCGUCUGCAGAUAUCCCGCGUUCCUUCUGCAUCCUACGCCACUACAGCGGAAUUACCUUCUCUCCACCGCACUGUCCGUAUCGAUAACCUCCCAGAAAGCUACGAUGUUAGCAGCAUCGUCGAUACCAUCAAGGCCAACCCGGCAGAGUCGAUAAUACCCUCGAAAGACCACCUACUUGUCCGAUUCUUCGAUGAAGGAACUGCAAAGCGUUGUGUCGAGGCGAACAAGAAGCAGAAAAACCUUUCGUUGAAGAUUGACGAUUCGACCUCUCCCCCGGUGACCCCCGAGACCGUCGCUAUGCUCGCAAAAUACAAUGCGACACGUUCGAUAGAGUUGCGGGAUGUACCAGAGAGCUUUACGGAUUCACAAUUCGUCGAAAUUCUCUCGAAGUAUGAUGGAGCUCUCUGCACGCAUUUUGACAGGUCCGGGCGCCUCAUCGAAGCACAGUUUUUAGAUAUACAUCAUGCAUACAAGGCUCACGUCGACUUCGUAGAGGCAGGGGUACGGCCGGUGUUCAUGGACAGCGACAACUCGAUAUAUCCAGAAUGGUACUCAAACCAGGAUACACAGCCAAAUCUAAAACGCCGAGUCAAGAUCUCGGGUAUGGAUAACCCCCAAAUAAGAAAACUUUGUAUCGGUUGGACAAAUAAUUACAACAAAGUGCCUUCUGCUUCAUACAUUACCUCUCGCAUUGGGGGUAAAGAUGAGCUACUGCUCUACUUCCCGACAUCGAGCUUGGCCCGAAAAUUCAUCAGGGAGUUUGAGCCUUUGGUGAAAGGGAGAUGUCGACUGUCCUUGGAGGCUACCGAACAACCUGUUGCUUGCGGUGUAGUGACUGCCCUCAGCCUGGGUGCGCGGCGGCUGGUCUCUGUACCCUUCACCGAGGACCUGCUUGACGCCAAGCGAAAAAAGCUUGCGAGCUUCUUUUUCCGGUUCGGCCGAAUAGACUCGAAGAAUCUGGCUGUCUCUGAAGGAUGCUUGAUGGUUCCGUUCACUAAUGUUGUCGGUGCUACAAGCUUUGUCCAUGGGAUGUAUCAAGGUUUGAGAGACCGGCCACCAGCGGAGCUUGAAGGUGUUCGUCCCACCUUCUUUGGAGCUAAUCAUUUGGCAUGAUUUACUUUGGAGAUAAGCAGUCAUUGGAAAUCAUAUUCAUGGGCCUCAGAAGUCUCCUUUGA